AUGAACCUCCGAAAAGAAGCGGAGACGCAGCCGCAGUCGCCCAGCGCCAGCACGAGGACAUCCACUCCAAAAAGCCAGGCAAGCGAUUCACAAAGCACACCCCGCCACCCCAGUCGCAAGAAAUCCUCAGAUGCCCCAGAUACCAAAGCUAGGAGGGUACGCACAGGCUGCCUCACUUGUCGCCAAAGACAUUUGAAAUGCGACGAAGCCGUGGGACGAUGUCUCAAUUGUCGCAAAUCAGAUCGCAUCUGUCGACGUGGUGUCCGUCUCAAUUUCAUUGAUACUCAAACUGUGGCGCCUCCACACAUCAUCGCUCGGCCCCACGGAUCGAAGGUGACAUUUCGAGAUGACUCGCGUUUGAUCGCGUCUCUGUAUGUGGGAGGUUUCGAGAUAUACCCGCCCGUUCAGCCAGAGAGUCCUGUUCAAGAGAACCGAGAAUCGCAACAUGACUUUGACUUUAUAGGGGAUGAUGAUUUGACAAAUCUUUUUCAAUCAAUGGCACAUUCGUUUGACCCGCUGAGCUUUGAUAUCCCACACCCAAAUGCAACGGACUUCGUUGGAAGUGAUACUUGGCACCAGUCUCACUUGGUACCAGGAGAUGAACUUCUUCCGCACGGAACAUCAAAUUUCGCGCGAAAACUGGCUGGGAAACAUGAAUAUUAUCCUUUUCUCACUGACCCAGAGCAAGUCUCUCUUCUCAGAACAUUCAUGGAAGAGGUCGGUCCCCGGAUGGAUAUAAUGGAUGAAAUGAACCAUGUAGGAAAAAUUCCCCACAUUCUAUUCUUGCAAUUUGCUCACAAAGCGCAGUUUUCCCAGAUUCUUCCGGGUUUUGCCAUUGGUGAGCCUAUGUUGCUCAAGGCAUUUCUUGCGUGUGGUGCUAGACAUCUUUCUAUUGUAGACCCUUCUUAUGGUGAUGAGAAAGCGACACAUUAUUAUGACGCAGCUACUCGGGAUCUUCUGAAUGCGAUACAUGAUCCUAACCGUGACUCUGUACUAUGCGCAACAGCGGCCCUUGCCCUCUGCUUCUCCGAACCCAUGCAAAGCCAAUCAAGACACAGUGGAAACCACAGCGCAGGCUCCCGGGCUUUGAUCAGAGAAUGUGGCUGGAAUGCCAAAACCCCUGGGCUGGGUGGAGCAUGUUUCAGGAUCAGCGUCGGCGCAGAACUCCUGAACUGUAUGCGAUAUAAUUGGACAUUGUCUUGGGAUCCAAAUACAUGGGGAAUCGAUAUGGACAUGGAUCAUCCACAAGCCGCAAAUGGGGGCAAUCAAGAUCUAUGGCAUCAUCGGAUACUUUAUAUUUUCGCGAGAGUCAUGACCUUCAAAGCAUCUUCGCGCCCAUCUCACGGUGUGGUGCGGGCCAUCCAGCUCAACGAUCAUGAAUGGAUCACUCACAACAGGUGGUGUGACCAAUGGGCGAAAUCCAUUCCUAGAUCCCUUGUACCUCUUGGUCAUUUGCAGCCAUGGCAAACAAGUUCCAAAUCGGUCUUUCCUGAAGUUUGGCUUGUCAACCGAUCUGCCAUUGUUUCUCAAUUAUUCUACCACGCGACUCGUAUUAUGCUGGCCAAAACACACCCUUUCCAGUCAGAGUUCGAUGAGGAUAUGCGGAAGAUGCAACGCAGCCAUGCGCACGAAAUGUGUGGCAUUAUUGCCCACACCACAGAUCGAAGUGUGGCGGAUAUAUCCCUGUACUUUCUUAUACUCGCCGCAGAGUGCUUAGAAACACGAGAAGCCAAAGAGGAGGUACUCGGCAUCUUUGAUAACAUCACGAAAGUGACUUGCAGCAGUGCUGAACCAGUCAAAAACGAUCUCAAACAAAUUUGGAGCUGGGCCGAAGCUCACCCACAUAUGGUGACGCCAGCCCAGAUGCACAACCACUUCUAUGAAUUAGACCCAUCCCUAUCAGUCCCCAAUCACCCGGUCUCAUCUCCAAGCCUACACAAUCCCUUGUUGACUACGGGUGACUUCUCAUUGGAGAACCACCCGUAUCAAGGAUACUAUGUGCCACCACAUCACCACCAUGCACUCAAUCAGUAUCACUAUGGGUCAUUCGAUCUGAUUUGA